AUGAUUUCUUAUGAAAAAGAACAAGGAAGAGAAGUGCUGAAUUUCAUCAGACAAGAAAUGGCAAAAAUGAAAGUUGAGGAUGAAAUUGCCAUUUCAUUUAUUUAUUGUUGUUUAAAUAGAAUUAAAGGUACAAAGAACGAAUAUUAUGAACUUGUUCAGAGAUACACCACACCAAGAAAUAGCAAUGAAGCACUACUUUAUGUUCAUUAUAAUCUUCUUGAAGUAAUAGAAAGUAUGAAAAGAAAGAAAGAAGAAGAAACAAUGAAAUAUCUUGAACAAAGUAAUUCAAUUUUAAGUGAAUUUCCAAGAGAUACAACAAAUCCAAACAGUCUAUGGAAAGUAUAUAAUUUUGAAAUUGAAUUAACAGACAUUCAAAAAUUACUUAAUGAAAUAAGUUUAUGUUUAAAGGAAGAUAAAAUAGUAAAUAAUAAUAAAAGAGUGAAUGAGAAAGUUAUUGAAAUGAUGAGGUUAAUAUGUGAUAUAAUUGAAGAAUAUCUUAUUAAGUUUAAUAAAAUUAUACCAAGAGAAACACCAAAAGAAAUAUAUUUUAUUGCACAAAUAAUAGAAAAAUUUGAAGUACCUAAAUAUAUUGGAAAAAUAUUAAUAAGAAUAACAGAAAGUGCAAUAUAUCAAAGAGUAUCACUUCUUGAAAUAACAAGAAUUUAUAGAUGCUAUUCAGGAAUACUUAAUAUUACAGGAACAGAAAUUUUUAAUAUCUUUUAUAAAACUGGAUAUAAAUUAUAUCAAGAAAAAAAAUACUCUGAGGCAAUUAUUGUUCUUAAUACAUUCUUUUCACUCAAGAAAACAACAUUUAAAGAGUUUGAAGAUAAACAUCUUUCAGAAGCAGAAAAAAUAGUAAUGUUAUCAAGAAAAGCAAUUGGAAGAGAAGAAGAAGGAAUUGGUAAUUUAAUAGAAGGAAUUAAGGAAUUGGAAGAUAAAGAAAUAAUAGAAAAAUGGAAGAGAAUGAAAAAAAUAGAUGACAUAAUGAAUAGAACGGUAGAAGCAGAAUAUUGUGUAGAAGAGAUUUUAAGUAGUUUAGAAAGAAGUGGAAGUAAAAUAGCAAGAAAAACUAUUAUAGAACUACUGGAUAUUGGAAUUACAUUUGAACCAAGAAUAAUAAAUAAUAUAACAGAAAAUAAAAAGAAAGUAAUAAAAAGAAUAAGUCAAGAAAUGCAAAAAUAUUAUAAAGAAAAACAUAUACUACCAUUUGAAGUAAUUAGAUUUCAAGUUUAUGAAAUAAUUAUUGAAAAUGAUAUAAACAAAAAAGAAAGAAUAGAAAAUAUUAUUGAAGAAAUUAAGAAGAAGGAAGAAGAACAAAUGUUUAAUAAAACACAAGCAAUUAAUAUUCUUAUUACAUUAGCAAAGUGUUAUUAUUUUAAAUAUGUGAUAAGUCUUUAUAAUAAGGAAAGCAAAAAUAGUGAAGACAUUAUUGAAUUAAUGAAAACACUUAAAUAUUUAAGCACAAUUAAUCAAAAAUGCAGUGAAGAAGAAAUUAAUAAACACAAAAUGGAAAUAUUACCAUUGAUAAUUAUUGUAACAACAUUAUUUGAAAUGUAUGGAGAUCAAACAAAUCAAUUAAGGUGUGUUGAAAACAUCAAAGAAAUAAUAACAAAGAUUUCAAUAACAAAUGAAGAAAGAAUCAGUUGUUAUUUAAAAGUUAUAGAAUGUUAUAUUUCAAUGGGAUAUAUAAAAAGUGGGGAAAUAAUAAAUGAAAGAAUUGAAAAGAUUUAUAAAGGAAUGAAUAUAGAAGAAGAAGAAGUAAAGAAGAAUUAUAUUAUGUAUUUAAUUAUGAAAAUAAGAAUUGGUAUUGAAAGGAUUCAUCAAGAAGAUGGAAAUAUUAAUAAUAUAAUUAAUGAAAUAAAUAUACUAGUUGAAAAUGAGAGUUUUAAGAAAAGAAGUACAGAAUGGGAAAGAAUUGUAAUAGAAACAAAACUGAAAGAUGUCAUUAGUUUAUAUUAUUGUAAAAUAGGAGAAUAUAAUAAAGGAAUUGAAUAUAGGAAAAAAACACUUUGUUUAAUGAAAAGCAUAACGGAAGUAAGAAAUAAAGAAAUUAAAACAAAGAAAGGAAUAUUCUUUUAUACAAUAUAUUCAUUUAUUGGAAAUACAAUUGAAUCAUAUUUAAACUAUGGAUGGAUGUUUGAAAUAAAAAAUAAAUAUAAAGAAGCAAUGAUGUGUUAUGAAGAAGCCGAAAAAAUAGGAAUUGAAACAGGAAGUUUGCUACGAAUUAUAGAAAUAAAAACACACAAAGGAGAAUUAGAAAUGAAAAAGAGAAAUUAUGAAGAAGCCAAAAAAGAGUUUAAAGAAAUAGAUAAUAUUUCAAGUAAAAUUAAAAAAUACGUUUCAGUUAAAAGAAAUAUGAUAAUGACAUUCAUGGAACUAGGAGAUUUAUAUAGAAAAACAAAACAUUAUAAUACAUCAAUGGAAUAUUAUCAAGUAGCAAAAGAAAUAAUAGACCAAUUACUUCAAGAAAAUCUCAUUGAACCAUUUCCUUUAAUACUAAGAGAUUCAACUCAAAGAGAGUAUUUAGUUAGACAAUCUUUAAAAGGAAAAAUUCAAAGAACAAGCAUAGAAAAAGAAGUAGAAAAAGGAAAUAAACAACCAAGAAAUAUGUCAGAAGUAUAUCAAGAAAUCAAAAAUCGAAUAUUGUAUAAAAUAAUUAAACUAAAUAAGAUUAAUACAAGAAAUAAUACAAAUAGUAUUCAAGAAUAUAAAACAUUAUUAGAAUCACCAUUUAAUUCACCAAUAACAAAAGCAUGUAUUUUAAAUCAAAUUGGUAUUAAUCAACUAGAAAAUGAAGAAAAGAAAGAAGGACUUAAAACAUUUGAAGAAGCACUUUCAAUUGCUGAAAAGUAUUGUGAACCAACACUUAUUCAUUGUAUUAUGCAUAAUAUUCUUAGGUGUAAUGUUUUAAAUAAUAAGAAAUGUUAUUACCAUGCAAUGUCUAUUGGAAUUACAUAUAGACAAAGAGAAAGUACAAAAUAUGGAAUAAGAAUAGAAGAAAAUACAACAAUUAAAGAUAUUGAUAAACAUUUACCAAAAGAAUGGACAAUUAUUUGUUUGACAAUAGAUGAAAUAGAAAAAGCUAUUGUUAUUAGUAAUAUAAACAAAACAUAUAAUGGAAUUAAUGGAAGAAGAAUAAUAAAGAAAGGAAAAGAAAAUGCAAUUGAAAAAGAAAUAGAAAGAAUAGAAAUAAUCAAAAAAGAAAUUCAAAAUAUUUUUAGUGAAAUAAAAGGAAAAGAAAUGACAGAAAAUGAGAAAAGACAACAUUGGAGAAAAGUAUUUGAUAUUGAUAAUAGAAUUAAAGACAUUUGUUAUUCAUUAGAAAAGAAAGUAUUAGGAUGGUUAAGAAUUAUAUUUUAUCCAAGAAAUUAUCAUAGAACAAAAUAUUAUGAUAAUCUCUUAUAUUCAAUAAUAAAAAAUAUAACAAAUAAAGAAAUUAUAGAAAUUGAUAUUUUGUAUUUACUUAUUAGUCAAAUUAAUAGAUUAAAUCAUGAAGAAAUUGUAGAAUGUCUUAAUUAUGUAAUAGGAAAUGAAAUUAAACCAUUAGUCAUGGAAAUGUUAAUUAAUCAAAUUAAAAAUGUUAAAUUAGAAGAAACAAUUGAAAUAGAAAAUAAAAGUAUUUUAUUAAUUCUUGAUAAACAAUUACAUUGUCUUCCAUGGGAAUCAAUGCCUACAUUUGAUAAUAUCAUGAUUACAAGAAUCCCAGCAAUCGAACCAUUUCUAAGUACAAAAAUACAAGAUAUCAAUGACACAAUUCCAGGAAUUUUAUUUAAUGGAAAAAGAGGAUAUUAUAUUCUUAAUCCAACACAUGAUUUAACUAAAACACAAAAUAAAAUAUUACCAAUAAUUAAAGAAUUGAAAUGGAAUGGAGUUUUUAAUCAAAUCCCAAAAGAGGAAGAUAUUUUAAAAGGAUUAUAUGAAAAUGAUAUAAUGUUAUAUUGUGGUCAUGGAAGUGGAGAACAAUUUAUUCAUGGAAAAAAAAUUCAAACAUUAAAGAAGUGUGGAAUUGCACUUCUAAUGGGAUGUAACUCUGCUGAACUUCACCAACAAGGUGAAUUUGAGCCAUCUGGGUUAGUAAUUGAUUAUCUUGAAGCAGGCUCUCCUCUUGUGUGUGGAAAUUUAUGGAGUGUUCCAGACAAUGAUUUAGAUAAUAUCACAAUUGAAAUAUUAAAUUGGAUAAAAUCAAAUUCAUCAGAACAACAAUAUUUAAUGAAUGUCCUUAAUAAAGCUAAAACAAAAUGUGUCUGUAGAUAUUUUAUGGGUGCUUCAAUAGUGUGUUAUGGUAUUUCUGUAUUAAAGAGAAAGAAUAAAGAGUCAAUUCUUAUUAAAGAUGACACACCACAACAAUUAUAA